AUGAGUGGUACCUUUACACCCGAGCAGCGCAUUCACAUUGUUGAUUCAUUUGCCUGCACCCUUUACCACCGUGUUAAACAGCACCCUACCCAAAACGACAUCGCUGAUAUCAUUGGAGAGCUACAUGGUAGCCUUCGACGGCUAAAUGUUGAGGCCGGCGAUUUCAACUCCCUUCUACGAGACCCGCGGAGUGCUUACUCUGGCCAACUCGUCUCAGUCAUCGACGACUGUGACGGCACUCUCAGACAUCUCCAAUAUACACUCGACAAUCAAGGCCGAGCGCUAGGUGUCAUUAGAUCGCAGUUAUGGAGCAGAAUCUCAACCAUCAACAGGCUGAUCGACGCCGUUCAGAUGCAGCACCGGAGGGGCAUGCAGACAACUUCCAGGCCACCCGGUGGGCGUGGGAGAGGAGGGCGUCGGAAUUCGAAAGAUUUAACCCCACGGUCCAGUUCUCGGGACGAUUAUUCGUAUCAUCCAACUCCAACUAGCUCCCAACCGAAGACAGUCCCUCCCCCAGUCCCACCCAAGAUCCCUCUCGACAAACCCUACAAUCAAGUUGGGGAUUCAUCUUCGCCGGAGUACGAUAACUCGGGUUAUUCAUAUAUCCUCACAACAUCGAUUUCGACAAACGAUACAACUGCCAAAGACAAUACAGACCGCCGAUUUGUCAGGUCGCCAUCGCGUUCCCAGUAUCACCAUAGAAGAGUGAUCGAGUCUGGCCUGGCACCUGAUAGCUAUGGCCAACCAAUCCCCAUGGACGCUGAAUGGACCAAAAUUGACCGCGACAUUGUCAGCCCUGGUAUUCUUGAACUUGCCGGAGUCAGAUACGAAGCAAGGCCUUCAUACGUCGCGGUGCUCGGGCGGCUUUCAAAGGAUCAAAUCUCUGCGUUUGCUAGACAAACUGCCAAUUACCGAGCGGGGAGACCCAUUCACCCCGAGGACUGGCAACUCUUUAAACAAAGAGUGCCAAAAACUCAAAGAAGGACAUCCGAUAGCAGCAACAGCAGUCAGGCUGAAUCUAUCGCAUUGCGUUUGACUGUUGAUCCUCGUAGGAAGAGGCGUUCAACCACCAGCGACGUGCCUCCCAAAUCAGUUCUGAAGAAGCGAAGCAUGAACAGGGUUCGGUUUGACCCCAAUCCUGAAGAAAUCAACCCUGAACCAAGUUCAGUACAAGGCGAUCGAGAGAAGGCCCACCCAAGCCGAAGCCAAAGCUAUGAUGAACGUGAUCACAUUUACGAAUUGUCAGGGAGCUCCCCUCCCCGACGCCCUCGGAGUGCCUCCCGUGCAAGCAGCAUGAACGACCGACCCCGCAGCUACUCAUACGAUGUCGACCGCGACUACUACUCUCCGAGCUCGGGGUAUGAUGACUAUGAUCGACGAUCUCACCGGAGUGACGGUCGGAGGUCGCGCCUAAGUAUAAGUGGCACUGCCAAUCGUUUGCUCUCUGCCCUUAGCAGCAAGGGCAGCAGCCAGAGUCAGAGCAGAGGUGACAGAGACUUGGCGUACAAUUAG